AUGGCUGGCCCAACCUCCGCUGCUAAAAAGAAGAAGGGGACGGCCUCAACCGUUAAAAAGGCCCCCAAGCGCCCCAAAUCAGUGCGGGAGCCUAAAAAGCCAAAAUCUGCAAAGUCGACGGAAGCCAACAGUACCGCGGCAGAGGAUGCAUCUGAUGAAGACGACGAGUCUGAUAAUGGGCCAUACUGCCUCUGUAGAGGACCGGACGACCACCGCUGGAUGAUUUGCUGCGAGAGGUGUGAAGACUGGUUUCACGGAGAGUGCGUGCAUAUCGCCAAGGACGUCGGCGAGAGUCUGAUUGAGAAGUUCAUCUGCCCAAACUGCACGACGGACAACCUCAUGACACUCUACAAGAAGACUUGCACUCUAGGCUCGUGCCGCAAAGCAGCUCGCCUCAAUCACAGCCCACCAAGCGUGUUUUGCUCGGACGAACAUGCUCAGACAUGGUGGGAGCGCAUGCUGGCCAGACUACCCAAAGCGAAAGCCAGAGCCGCGCUCAGCGAUGAGCUCUCUCAAGAAGAAUUCAUGGCACUGCUGAGCAGCGAUCUUGCGACAAUUGAUGGGGAUGGAUCCUGGACUCUGAGAGCUCCCUUUUCAGGCCAAAAGUCAGAAAUGAAUGGCGAUGAGAUUGGGAUUGAAGAACGUCUGGCUCAAAUAUUAACAGAAGAAGAGAAGGACUACUUGGCUAAAAAAGCACAUGCUAGAUUCAAGCUGGCCGAAGAGACACUUCUCUGCCAAAAGAUGAUUACCCUCGUCGAACUGGUCCAAGAUCGCCGUCGAGCCGCCAUCAACGCGGGCUUAUUUGCGGAGGAUAUUUGCGGCUACGAUCAGAGACUUGAUACCAUUUGCGCACGAGACGCUUUUGCCGCUUUUGUCAAGUCGCCCGAAGGUGAGGCCAUCUUCCAGGCAUCAAAAGUUGGAGAUCCUCUCGGAGAGGGCGACGAGGUCAGGGGCAUGUGCGAGCGCAAGCGGUGCAAGAUCCAUAGCGGCUGGCAUAAGAUGCUAGUGCAGGCUGUGAAGUACCAGAUUAAGGAGUUGGCAGACCAGGCGGCGGAAGUUGGCGAAGAUGAGAGAAUUCUGAGAGAGGCCGCUGAGGAGAGAUGGAGAAGACGGCAGGCCGAGCAGAAUUGGGUCGAGGUGCUUGAUGGAUGA